CUAAUUCGGAAACUAGGGUUCUCGUGAUCGAAACAAUUUUUCAAAUUUCGAACCGACCAAGCAAAAUAUGACUCAAUGCUAUCUGGGCCUAGUACACUCCCCAGCCCAGACCCCCAAAGCCCAAAGCAAUCACCUCCCGGAGCUUAAUUUCGCCACAAAGUGAAAACCCUAAGCCGAUUCUCUCUCGCCACUAACCUCCCACUACCACCCAUAUCCCCCUAUCCCUAUCUCAUUUAGCACAGCACGCAGAAAACAAGGCUGGAUCGGUGACGGGGAGAAGGCGUUGACCACCCAUAUCUCAAUUUCCAUCGAUGCUCGAUGUUGACAAAUCCAGUCGUCGCCGUCAUCGAAGCUGGAGAGAUUGACAUCGCCGUCUUCGAAGCAUGGGAGAUUGACAAAUUCAGUCGCCGCCACCAUCGAAGCUUUGGAGAUUGAAAAAUAUAGUCAUCGUUGUCGAAGCUUGGGGGAUUGACAAAUCCAACUGUUGUCGUCAUCAAUACUGGGGAGGAGAUCGGGUUGAUAGAGGGGUGGCGAGGCAAGGUGAAUCGGUGCUAGAGAAGCCGCCUCCAAUCUUCAUAUACUAUUGAUUCUCUCUCUCUAUUGAUGAUGUUUCUAGAAAAGAAGUGGGAAAAAGAAAGAGAUGGAAGAAAUGAGUUGGUAAUUGGUAAAGACUGACGAAGGAGAAGGGAAGGGAGGUGGGGAUUCAAAGUUGAAAUGAAUGAGGAAUUAACUUUCUCUUUCUCUCCCAUUAUUGCCUCCUCUAUUUGUCCCUCUUCAUAUUUUGGUUUUGCGUGUGAAACCAAACCAAACCGUAAUAUAACUCGGUUCAGCCAAACCGGAUCGUAUUAUAUUUUGGUUCGAUUUCAGUUUUGAGGUUUGGAGUAAAUCAGGAACUCGGUAUGCUUCAUUUCGGUCUAUUUCGACCAAACCGAACCAUUGCCCACCCCUACUCUCUAAGCCGAGGCUAAAUAUAUUGUUGCUGGAAGUUAUAGAACUCAACUAGUUUAGUUAAAGAAUCAACUCACUGAUUAGGACCUGAACAUAACAUGCAUUGCUCUAUUUUGUGAUAGCACUAGCACCAUUCGCAUAACCAAAAACCCAAUUCAGCAUACACAUACAAAGCAUAUAGAAAUUAAGAAUCAUUUUAUGCAUGAUCUCGUUAAUUCUCACACUCUUACAUUGCAUCAUAUACCUACCGAAUUUCAGCUUGGUGAUUUGGUUACAUAGUCUAUACCCUUAGACCAAUUCACUUUUCUCUGUUACCACGUUGGUCUAAGGUCACUUAAGACUAGAGAAUUUUUCCUGACUCAUUAUAUCUCCUUUUUUUCUUCCUAUUUUAUUCUUUUCAUUUAUUUCUUGCUUUCCUUUUCCUGCUUGUCUGAUUGAUUCUGUGAGUUAUGGUGUCUUAUUGUCUUGCCUUGUCUAUUCAUCUUCCUUUUUUAUUUUUCCCUCCGGUUCUUUUUUAUAUUCUCUUCUUCCUUCCUUCCUUCUCUCCUCGCCUCUCCCUUUUUCUUUCUCUUGUGUCCUCUCUUUGUCUUAGCUAUAGAUUUUAUUUUUGCACAAUAUUUUACCGAUGCCCUUCUCUUCAAUUGGAUACUUGUCAGCCAUUAUAGUCAUCUCCAAUAUUUUUAACAAUGUCUUCUUACUUCCACUAUCAUUGCUCUUUUUAAAGAAUUUCCUAAUUUUACUCUUGACAUUGCCGAUUCCAUUCAAAACCUUGGCUGGGAUUUUUUGCUCGAACCCCUCUUCUCUAUCUUGUGUCCUUCCCUCGUCGAGUAUUUUUACUUCAAUCUUUGUUCUAAUGUUUUUCACUCUAAGGCUUCCACUACCUUGUUCUAUAGCUAUCUCCUUACUAUCCCUUUUCGUGACCUAGGGCGACUGUUAGACUACAUGAGUAAACACCUUGGUCCUGCCAUAUAUCUCCCUAUCACUAAUCUAUUACCUAAGCUACAUGCUUUUCAUUUGUUCUUACCUGAGUCUCCCGCCUUGUUCUCCCGCCUAUAGUUUGAUUUAUCUCCCUUUCACACUAUCUCCAUCCCAUUCUAUGCUUAUUGAUUAGAUCUUAGAUGACCUCGAGAUUGCGAUUGGGGGAGAGGGAAAGUGAUAUCCCUGUUGAUGUGCUCAAGGUUGCUGCUAACCAUGUUACUCAUGAUGAUAUCAACAUUGGAUGAUAUUCAGAAGAGGAUGAGGUGAAACCAAAAGAUCCUGCUCCCAAAAAUAAUGUUCCUACUCAUGAUUUGUUUCUUAAGGACUGCUGGUGUUGUGUGGAACUGAUGGAGAUAUGAGUUCAGACGAAGAAGACCUUGCUUGAUUCCAGUGCCUUAUGUUUCACACUAUCUUUUGGUGUUUUUCUUGAAAAUGUUUAUUAUUUUGCAAAUCGGAUUUUUUUAGGCUUUUGGUUGACUCUGCUAUUUUUUCUUAAUUGUUGUUGAACGUUUGGAGCUAUAUUUGCACUUUUUAGUUCUUAAUUUGUCUUGUCUCCAUGGCAUCUCUUUGUUGAAUAGUUUAUGUUGCAUUACUUGUGGUAAGCUCUUGUUUUUUUAGGAUAAAAGACAAUCGACAAUCAAUAAUUGCUCAUUUAGGUGAAGAUUGGUGUAUGAAAUGAGAGGGUUGUCAAUUGACCCUCUUUUGCUAAGUCUCAUCCAAAUCAAGCAGUCGUCACUUAAGGAAAGUCUCAGCAAACGAUGCAACCUUGAAAAUUUGCAGACAACGCUAGACGAUCCAUCACAUGCAGAAUGUUAGCAACAGAUAUUUUGAAGACCCUUUAUAUACUAGAUUUUUUCAGAGCUUUUGUUAAGAACAUCAAUUGUAGCAUUGAAAGUGAGCGGUUGAGGGUUUGUCUUUAGGUUACAAGGAUUUCAACAAUUUAGGGGGAAGAUGUUAUAAACUGUUGAGGUUUCAGACAUAUCAGAUUGUGAUUUGGGGUGGUGUUUCUUCAUUCUUUGUUUUUUUUUUUCAUUUUCGCUUGAUAGUUCUAAGCUAAAUAAAAUAAAGGAGUCUCUCGAAAAAUAACAGGUGUUAUUUCCUUGAUGAGGUGUGACCCAUAAAUUGGGGAACCUUGUUAAAAAUCUUGAUGUUCUCCUUUCAUUUUUAGUCCGUUGUGUUCCUCUGUUUUCAUCUUUUUGCUGGUUCUCAAUCUUUCUCUAUUUUCCUUUGAUAGAGAGCUCUGGAGGAAGUUUACCCGUUCUACUGGACUUUGUCUUCACUUGAGCCUCUCAAAUAAGUCUUCAGCUCGUGUCUUUAAAAAAUCAAGUGUUGUGUUUUUAAUCAAUGAUUCUCCGUGAUUAAACUUUUUGGGCCUAGCUUCUUUUGAGCACAAGUUGUAUUUCAAAGUUAGACGACUGACUAGAAACAACACUAUGUUUCUAUGGUAUUUUGUCAUCUUUCUGUCUUGGUCGACUUCCUUCUUCAUCAAUCAAAAUCUCUAAUAUUUUUCAUAAACUCAUUUUGACCCCCUCAGUUCACGUUAGACCCCUUUUUGAGAUUUCAGGCUCCACCACUGCAGAUAGUAAUCAACAUGGUAGUCUGAUUAAUGAUCAGGAGCCCAGAACCCACCAAGGGACCUCUACUGCUAGCCAGAGAUGAGCAUUUCUGUGGGGAUAUAUGGAUUAAUCUGCAUAAUACGACAAACUACCAUGUCAAACCUUGGGCACAAGCCCACUCAAGGAGGCCCUAAACCCCUAUAUAAGGAGGCUCAAGCCCUCCAAGCAAAAAACUUGUUUCCUUCCCCCUCAAGGUCAGAAGUGAUUAGGACUGUAGCAUGCAUUGGCGGGGAUGAGCAAUUGCGGCGGUGACCGCCGACCAGUGACGAUGGCAGGUUGUGCCAGCAAGGAUGAGUGUUCCCUUUUUUCUUCUUUUGUUCCUCCUGUUGUUGAGAGGAGAAAAGAGAAAGCCCUUGGACUCGAUGGAGGAAGAGAUUUCUGAUUUUUCCUCUUCUUCUUGAUCAUCGGAGCUGUCGCUGGCAAGGUCGAACUUAGCGAGCAUGUGGAGUUCGAAGAAAUGUGACGAAAAGUUGGAGACACAGACUAUGUUGGAGGUCGAAGAAGAACUUGAGUGAUUGGGAGCUCUUUAUGUUUUUAUUUUCCUUGCAAUGAGGAAUCCAUCUUGUAUCCCUCUAUUGGGGAAGAAAUUCUUAGAUCUGUAAUUUUCUAUGUCUUUGGUGUUUACUCAUUCGCCGGAUUGCAAGCCUCUCCAAAUAUGCCUUCUCAUGCUUCUUUUCGCUGCUCCUUUUUCCCUUUUCGAUGAAGCUUUCAUGGUUAUUGGUUUGCAUAGAUUUCCCUCCUAAAAUCCAACGAAUCGAACAUCCAAAUCACUGCACCACGAUGGGCGCCAAAUGUUUGAACCUAGAACGUAUUCUAGGUCAAUACAUUAAUAUUUGGGGCUCCGAUCUGGACUCCCUCGUCUGAUCUCCUCAAGAGUGGAAGGAAUUUGAGGGAGAGAGAGACGUGAGAUGAUGAGAGUAGAGUAGAGGGAAGGAAGAUUAGGUUUAAGUUAAGGAAAAUGCUUAUUCUGAUUAUGCCUAGUAGAAUAAUUCCCACUAACAUAAUAUACAUAUGGUGGCUUCUAUCGUACCUAGGGUAAAAUCUAGGAUACGACAUAUCCUGAGUAAGAAAACACUAUCUACACCUCGAAUUAACCUGAUUUUUGGGCAUGAUACUAUACCCUAACCCUUGAUGAGUGAACCCUAGAUCUUAGUUUUCAAAAUCAUAGAGCCUAACCCCUAAAAUUGUGCAUAAAAUUUGUUGCAUAUAUUUCGACGAAUCAUAAUCGUCGAUUUUUAUUUCUAAUUAAAUUGAUCUUAGUGUAUGAGAUUUAUAGAAUUAAGACGUAUAUUUUAAUCUUUAAGGGUUUGGGAAUAGUGCUAAAUGCCAAACUCCGAUCGAUUGAAGGUUUAGGUAUCAUUUUCUUACUCAAGGUAUGUCGUACCUUUGAUUUUACUCAAUGUACGAUAGAACCAUAUAUAUGGUGGCUACUUCGGUGAACUCACUUUUUUUGGUGCAUUCAAUGCACCCAUCUCUAAGUGACCAUAAGACAUCGAAUUUUGAACUUUAAUUGAUAAUAAUAGACUAACAUUAUGAUAUAACAUAGAAUCACAACUAAUCAAUCCAUUAUCCUUAUCCCUUAACCUUCAAUUUUGAAUCCCAACACAAAACCCCAAAUUGGGAACCCUAACCCUACAUUCCUAAAUCAUAAAUUCUUCAAAUCAAAGUAAAUCUUGAAUGAUUUUUUUGUAAAUUCAUAGGGUUUCUUGUCUAUCAUAUCACAAGUGACAAUUAACAUCGUUUUGACAUGUAUUGCCUGCUCAAAAUGUCGAUUAUGAGGUGAGUGCAUUGAAUGCACCCAAAAAAGUGAAUGCACUGAAGACAACACCAUAUAUAUGACCUGACAAUUUCCUAUAACUACGCAAACUUUACCUUCUAACCAAUAAUCCAAAUAAAUCCUCAAUAAAAUCUUAAAUAAUAAGAAACCGACAAAUUAAUCCAAAUAAUGAAACAAAAAAUAUUUUUGUUUCCAUCAUCCCGUACUCCUUGAGAGCAACCUUGACCUCAAGGUUAGUCUUCAGCAUCUUGGGUCGCCCUCCUUUCUUCAAGCACUUAUGUCCGAUCGUGAACCUCUCAUUGCAGUUGAAGCACUUCCCUUCUCGCCUUUUGUACUCAAAAUCCACAAGAGAUAGCUUGACAAAUCCCUUCGGUGGCGCUCUGGAAUCGGGUCGAGCUGAUGUCAGUGCUUCUACAACGGUUGUUCCUACGCUUGUGCCAGCUCCAGUCGGUGGUACUCCUCAACUAUGGACUGCACUGCCACUACUUCCACCAACACUAGGCCUCUGGUAGCGGCCUAUGGUGCUCCUUCAACUCGCUAUCUCCUACUCCUUGCAACCUGUAAGUCUAAAAUUGGUUCUCAAAGAAUCCGGUUCGAAUGCCUUGACCGCGGCUGCUAUCUCAGGAUGAAAUCUUCCAUACACAGUCCCACCAGCGUCUCCUCGGGCACCCUUUCACAUUUGUUGCCUAGCUUGAGAAACUCUCCUAUGUACUCUAUCACUAUCCCAGUCUGUCUUAGCUUGGAUAGCUACUCUAGUGCCCACCUUUCCAACUUGCUGAACCGAUAUCGGAGCUCCUCCUAGAAUCUCGGCCACGUGAACAAUGUUUCUGCCUCAGCGUAUGACCUUUCCAUCCACUUUCACCACUACAGAGUGUCUUCCUCUAAGUAGAAGGACACCAGAUGCGCCUUCCGCUCUUCCCUCUCCGAUGGUUCUUGAACCACUUGUCCGCUACAUACAACCACAACCCUACGUCCUCCUCCAUACCCACGGUCAUAGCUAGUGAACCACCAUACCUACCAAUGCUAGGAGUCUCACUGUGGUAGCUCCCGAUCAUGUUCCCAUGCGUCCACAUCCCCAUUUGGGUAACUCAUGUAACCGCCUCAUCUAUUCCUGUUUCCAUAUCAUGCAUCCCAUGCCUGUCCCGACUGCGUCCCACGGCUCAGGAAGUCAUGAAGGCAGGGUAAACAGCAUCCCCAUCCCCGCGCAGUCCACCCCUGCCCUUGCUGCCUACACCUGGCCGGUUCAGGUCGAACCUAAUUCAUUCAGAUCAGUUUCAGUUCGACUUGGGUCAACCGUCGUAUCCCGGUCAGCCACCUUGGUCGGCUCAAUUUGAGCUAGCUAGGAACCUGCGUGACACAUGCUCCUAGUCGGCCCGCAAAACUCAAUUCAUCCUCCUCCGAGUUUUGGUCCAAGCCCAUCCAGCCUAGCCCAUUAUGACUCCCUGCAUGUCCAGACUCUCCUUCAUGGGCUAGCGGGUCCAGCAACCAAAAGCUCGGAUUUUGCACCACGUUGUUGUAGCCCGGUAGCUUGGACUUUCCACGUAGAUCAGCGAUCUCUUGGGCCGUUGGUGUCGGUAACAACCCAACUCCAUUGUGAGGCCCAAAAGAGAGGUGGCCCCCACAAUCUCAAGAUGCUCCCCCUAGGGCUGUUGCGGCCGCGCCUGCUGCCUCCACCGUGCUCUCCGUUAGGAACGUUGCCGCCGCAUUCCAACUCCGCGCCCAAUGCCACCGAGAUCAUUGUCGCCUCGGUUCCCAUGGCGGUCAACGCCGCGACGGUUGGAUUUUUGCUUGUCACCGCGGUUGACUCGCCCGCCCUGAACUUCGUUGUCUCGUUCCCUCCGUGGUCAGACGCGGUGCUCUUGAUUCAGACUCCAUCGGUCGAUUCACCAGGUUUUGCAUCAUCUCUGUCGUAAUAUGCCUCACUGCUCUCAUCUUAGCAUUGGCUUUGUCGGUCGUGCUAUGGAUAGCUCGUACCACCUCUUGUAGUCCUGGAUUCAGUGAUGCUUGGAUAUCACCCUACGAUGCGGCCACGCUCUUCACGAUCUCCUUAACCUCCACUAGCUCCGUCCAAUCCUCCAUCACGCCGUCUUUUGCGGAUCCACUCGGCGUACCCGUAUUUUUUUAUUGCACCGACUUCGUGGGAUUGGUCACGACUAGACUCUUUCCCUAUGCGGCUCUAACCUCUUCGGCCGCCUUCUCUACAGCUUUCUCUACAGUCGUUUGUGAUUUGGUUAUCGCCAUUGAUCUCCUCUGAUCGUCCCGAUCUAGAGUUAUUACCGACUCGAUUUUGAGCCAGGCUCUAAUACAAAGAUGAUAGAAAC